CAAACCCGAGAUUUUUUGCUCGGCAGUUGCCUUAAAACCAGUUACAUUAAACGUUCUUUAAGCAUAAAAAAAAUAAAUAAAUAAAACUUAGAUUCAUAUUAAUUAAAUAGGAAGCAAAAAAGAAAAAAACAACAUAUUAAAAAAACUAUGAACAAGGAUGUGGACUUUAGCGUAAUAAAUUUCCAAACUUACGAUGCUUAUCUCGACUCAUUUACGACCAUCGAAGAUGCCUGUUACUUAGCUGAUGCACAGGUUGCGCGUCGCAUUGCCAAAUUGGGAUAUCGCUCAACGAAAGUGCCUUACACUGAGAAGGAGUUUCAACAGCGACACGAUUUGGCAAUGCAACAGUUGCAACCGAAAAUAAUGGGUAUUGAGCCCUUCAGUAAUUUCAUGCGAUCCGAUUGCACCGAUCCCGUCUUACUGCAGUUUAAGCACCGUGAAGUACCCAUAUUUAGCAAGAAGUUGUCAACAAUUGUUUUUACCACGUGCAUUCAUGGAGAUGGUUCAGAGAUGUCCGGCUAUAUAGAUUUGGAAAAUAGUUGGCAGAAUGCAAUGCGUCGAACGUUUAAACACACCAACUGGAGAGCCAUCUAUGAGGGUAAUACCAAGUUAAAACCCAAACCGCAGCAUUUGAGCUUCAGAAAUCUGCGAUACAAUUUGGUACUAUAUAACGAUAGCGACAAUUUUAAAGUGGUGCACGACCAUCGCUAUGGCAUGAUGUUUAUGCACAGAGGUGAUCACAAACUGAUUCCGGUGAGUGGAAAAUCGACUCCAUUCUCGAAAAAUGUGCAACGCUCGAUGGUGCAUUCGCCUAAAUUUGGUACCUAUAUAUUCUACGAUCACCAUGUGCGCAAGAAGGUAUAAUUUUGGCAUAUCAAAUUAAUCGAAAUGCAAAAAAAUCAGCAUUUUCGAACAGUCUAUGAAAUUAUGUACAAAGUACUCACUCAAGCCGCUGGCUUGGGGCCAAUAAUAAAAAUGCUUUCUAUUUUUCUC